AGGGGUCAAAACAAAACCCCUCCACCACUAGAGAUUAGCCUGCUCAUGCAGCACAUGCUUCUCUUUCUUUAAACCCUACAAAAGAGGCUCCGAGCUGUAGAAUAAGAAAGAGUGCAUCACAGCACCGAGUUACUCACAUUUAUAAACCGCUUUGACAAUGGAACAGUUCAUGGGUAAAUGGAAACUGAUUGAAAGUGAAAAUUUUGAUGAGUACAUGAAGGAAGUAGGCGUCAGUUUUGCCUCUAGGCAAAUUGCUAACAUGGUCAAGCCAGAUCUGUUAUUCAGCACCGAUGAUCAGGGACUCAUAUCUAUGAAAUCCACAACCACAUUCAAGACGGCGGAAAUAACAUUUCGUCUGGAUGAAGAAUUUGAUGAGACCACACCUGAUGACAGGCAAGCAAAGACUGUAAUGAGCCUGAUCGAUGGUAAACUUAUUCAAACACAGAAGUGGGACGGGAAGUGCACAACGAUUGAGAGAGAAAUUCAGGAAGGGAAAUUAAUAGUGAAAUGCAUCAUGAAUAAAGUGGAGAGUAAAAGAACAUAUGAAAGAAGUUAAUACUGCUGCUGCUGUUACAUACCUGUUGAAAGGAUCACAAAUCCCAAAAAGUUUCAAUAACACACUGUCCAACACAGUUUUUGUCCAGUGAUCAAUCAGCCAAUCACUGUUUAAAGAAGAUUUUACUUCAGUAAACUUUAAAUAAAUGUCUUGAUAUAAC